GCACAGCAACUUGUAUUGUAUAAUCAUCUUACCUAAUUCUACUCUUGACACAACACAAGUAGAGACUGCACCACAUGCACAAAUAUCUAAAACCCAAACCCCAAUUGAAUGAUGUUACAUACUGUAAAUCUUCAGAGGUUGAUGUGUCUGCUUGUUUCUUGAGAAAUUGUAAGGAAGAUAGAGUUGGACCACAGAGUUUAAGAUGAGUUGAUGGUUGAGAUUGACAAUUCUGUGAUUUUGGUUGGUUCUUGGAGUAUUUGAAGAUAAGCCCAUUUUCAAGAAUUGUUGGUUAUGAAUGAUCUCAUAGGCAUAAGCAGAAAAAGUUGAGGAUGGUUUCAUGUGAGUGUAGUUAUGAGUUAGUUGGCAUUCCAUAAAAGUUUAGAAGAUCACCAAAGCUGUUUGGGGUACUCUGUUCCCAAAUUUAGUAUUACUUGGGAAAAAGGUUAGAGGAAAGUAUGGAGAUAUCAAGCCAGAAGUCUCUUGAGAAAGUUCUUUCACAAAAGGCUUUGCAGAUGGGGAGUUCAUUUCCAUGCCAAAUUUGUGUGGUGGGUUUUCUCUGUGGAGUCUGCCUCACCUCUUUGUUCCUGGCUGCUCUCACUUCAUUUGGUUCCUUUGAGUUUGGUGGGUUUUCAUUAUCAACCAUGUCCCCGGGUGCCUCACCAAGGAAUUCAGGUUCAGAAAUUUUCAAUAUUGUUACGAGUACAGAUUGCAAUUUUAAACCAAAGGAAACAGAGAGACUAGAGGUGGAUUCACGAAGUGUUAAAGAAAGGACAGAUGAUGAGAGAGUCUCCCUGUUGUAUUCAGCUUGGAGUGCCAAGCUGACUAAAUCAGUAGAUGAAGAAAGUGAAUACUUGAAGCAGCUGAGACUAAGCAGAUCCAAUGUGCCAAAUGCCCCUCAUUUGGAAAACUGCAAGUUGAGAACACAAGUAAAUGAGCGGCUCGAUAGGCGUCCUGGGAAUGAGAGUUUUCCUCCUUGGACUGGGUGGAAGGGAGUGUUAGACAUGAACCCAGCAGCUACAACUAAUGAGCAGAUGACAUACUUUAGGCAUCAGGUUAUAUCUGAAGGUGCUUACCCUCCUUGGAUUACAGGGUCAGAUGAAGAAAACUAUCCCUACACUAGAAAGGUGCAACGGGACAUAUGGCUGCAUCAGCAUCCAUUGAACUGCAGGGAUCCAAAUGUAAAAUUUCUUGUAGCUGACUGGGAGAGAUUACCCGGAUUUGGUAUUGGAGCACAGCUUGCUGGAAUGUGUGGUCUUCUUGCUAUUGCAAUUAAUGAGAAAAGGGUCCUUGUUACCAACUACUAUAAUCGGGCUGACCAUGAUGGAUGUAAAGGUUCCUCCCACGCCAGCUGGUCUUGCUAUUUCUUUCCAGAAACAUCUCAAGAAUGCCGAGACCGUGCAUUUGAUCUUUUGGGGAGUGAUGAGGCAUGGAAAAGAGGAAUCAUAACUGCAAAAGAAAAUUACAGUUCAAAGGAAAUAUGGACUGGACGGACUCCUAGGUUAUGGGGUGAUCCUUGGGCUUAUUUGCAACCAACAACAGAAAUAAAUGGGAGCUUGAUUGCUUAUCAUCGCAAGAUGGAUCGCAGGUGGUGGAGGUCACAGGCAGUGCGCUACUUGAUGAGAUUUCAAUCAGAGUACAUGUGUGGCUUAUUAAAUGUUGCCCACCAUGCUGCAUUUGGAAAGGAAGCUGCAAAAUUAGUUCUGAAAAGUCUUGGCAAGGAAUGGCCAAAGGAGUUUACAAACAAGCCAAAUUCUGAUAUUGAAGAUUAUGUAUGGUCAAGUCAUAAACCAUGGAUCCCUAGGCCACUGCUAAGCAUGCAUGUAAGAAUGGGAGACAAAGCAUGCGAAAUGAAGGUAGUUGAAUUUGAAGAGUACAUGCAUCUUGCUGACCGCAUUAGGAAGCGCUUCCCACACCUCAAUGGCAUUUGGCUUUCAACUGAAAUGCAGGAAGUUAUUGACAAAUCCAAAAGCUAUUCUAAUUGGAACUUUUACUACACAAAUGUGACACGGCAAGUGGGAAACAUGACAAUGGCCAGUUAUGAAUCGAGCCUUGGUAGGGAGACUAGCACAAAUUAUCCCCUCGUCAAUUUCUUAAUGGCAACGGAAGCUGACUUUUUCAUUGGAGCUUUAGGUUCCACUUGGUGUUUCCUUAUAGAUGGAAUGAGGAAUACUGGGGGAAAAGUAAUGGCUGGAUACUUAAGUGUGAACAAAGAUCGAUUCUGGUAGAGAUUUAGCUAAUCCUGUCCGUUAGAUUGGUAUGUAAAUUUGGGCAAUGGUUGAACAGUUUUUGUUCUGUAUAUGGGCAGUCAUUUUUUGGCAUGAUGAUGUGUUUGUAUAUACUCUUUUUUUUUUGAGAAACAAGUUUGUAUAUACUCUUGAUGUACACGAAGGUUCUAAAUAAAAUGAGUACAUAUAUAUUACAUUCAA